GCCAGGGUAUUUAUUAUUAUUCCAUAAAAUAUUUUUCACUUAAGUAUCUGUAUGUUAUCUUUGAAAACUUGCAACUAUUAUUAAUUUAAUAAUAUAUUUUAAUUUGUUAGAAAUAAUAUUUGUUAUAUAGCAAUUUUGAGAGUACUUGAGCUUGUAACCCUGGCCUUUGACUUUCGUAAAUCUGGAAAUUCUCGUUGUCUUUCAUUCAAAUAAAAUACUUUCGUAAAUUGCAACAAUGGCUAAUAUAGCGGCUAAACGGAUCAAAAGAGAAUUCAAAGAAGUAAUCAAAAGUGAAGAGAUGGCGGGUGGGGCGAUAAAGUUGGAGUUGGUGAAUGAUAGUUUCACAGAAUUGCAAGGAGAGAUUGCUGGGCCUCCAGACACACCCUACGAAGGUGGAACAUUUUUGCUCGAGAUAAAAGUACCUGAGACGUACCCAUUCAAUCCACCUAAGAUUCGGUUCAUGACGAAAAUUUGGCACCCGAAUGUAUCGUCAGUGACUGGUGCCAUAUGUUUAGACAUCCUUAAAGAUCAGUGGGCGGCCGCUUUGACGUUACGUACAGUCCUUCUGUCCAUUCAAGCGUUAUUGUCAGCUGCUGAACCCAACGAUCCACAAGAUGCAGUCGUCGCAAAACAAUACAGAGAAAAUCCCCAACUAUUCAAUCUGACCGCUAGACAUUGGACCAACGUAUAUGCCGGUGGUCCGACAUCCAUCUGGGAGUUUAACCAAAAGGUGCAACGUCUACUUGAUAUGGGCAUCGACGAACACCAGGCCCGAGUAGCUCUAUCGACGUAUGACUGGGAAAUCGAGCGAGCUACGGAACAACUCUUUAGUUAGUGUCCCUCCCAAACAUGUCUAGCGCUAUACUUAAUGCUACCCAUUAAGAUAACAUGCCGAUUUAUGUGAUCCAAUUGUUUGACAAUUAUGUUAACUAAUAUAUUUUAUCAUAUCAUGUUUUGACGAUCUCGGUACAUACUUGUGUGUUAUAAUACUUAUAAUGUAUAUGAUGUAUAAAUUGUAUCUGAGAAAUUGACUAAACUAAGCUUAACACCUUAAAUCUUUUCUAAUUGGUUGCUUUUAUUGUCAUGAAUUGUGAAUUUACGGGGUUGGUUUGAAUGGCUGCAAACCUUUACAAAUGAUUAUGUUAUAAUAAUGAAAUACCUAUUAUUUUUACCAUAACAGCUUUUAGCAUGGGUCAAAAUUAAAAUUAUGCUAAUUUGUUUAUAAACAUAAUUAUGUGCAAUCUUGCAGGAACUUUAUAGGAAAAGUAAUGUAAUAUUUGCUAAGAUUUUUUUAUGAUUCUGCGCAUUGUUGGCUUACUCUUAAGCUCACAGAUGGCAAAAACUUAUGAAUUAUGCUCUACCACAGUUGUCAUCCAUUUGAAAGAACCCUGUAGGUAUAUGGUAGUGUUAAUAAGAAAACAUUUUGACUUGGUAUAGCGAGAAAAAUAUACAAUUUGUUUUGUUUUUGUAAAUUUUGUUAUUUUUGUCGGCCAAUUGUAAUAGCGGCAUGUAGGUAUAUUUGGUGAAAGAAAAUUAUGAUUAUCAAUCCAUGUGGGUCUUUAAAAAAAUCAUUACUAGUUAUAAUGCAAUGCAAUUUCAUGAAUUUUAGCCAUAUUUUGCAGAUAAUGUUGUAUAAUAUAUUUUACAAUAUGUACUUAGAUACAAAUUCCACGUAGAUUUUUAUAUACUUAGUUCAAAGUCGUCAGAAGGAUUCUAUGGCAGCAUUGAUGUGUGCACUUUUCUUUUACUUUCUUUAUUGAAUUUAAUUUUGUAAGUAUUUUAUUAUAGUGGAAUUAAUUUCUUAUGUAUUACGUUGGUUUCGAAGGACAAUGCAUUAAUUAUCAAUAUAUUUACAAUUUAUACACGAUCUUCCGUCAGUAGCCAGUAGGGUAUACUACCAGAAUUUCAAACUUUUACAUGUAACGUUUUAAGAAAGGUCUAUGUCGUCCUAGACAGCAAUUGUACCUCACUGUGACAAAAUAAACUUACUUGUUUUGUAAGUAAUUAGUAAAUUAUUUGGUGUUAGUUUAUUUAGAAAAGUUUAUUUAAUUAAAUGCACACAUCAACACUGUCUAUAAUAUAUACGUUUUAAAAGUAUUAUUUUAUUCCUGUUAUUUGGGUUACACUUACGCGUACACAUUUUAUUGACGAAAUAAUUUCUCAUACUUAGAGAUAAAUAUUGUAAAGGCAUUUUGAAGUCUAUAAUUCUUUUUGAGCAGUAGGUACACUUUUUCAGUGAUUAUCUAGUAAGGCCUGACACGCAACAGUGAAAUACUACUCUAAUAAAAUUUCUUAUUUGUUGAAACUGUACAUUGACAAUUUACGUAUACGUUCCACUAAUGGACACAUGCAAGCCACCCCUUGUACGUAGUAUUAAUCUUUAUUCUAUGCCCUUGCCCUUUCACUGUGAAUUAUAAACAGUUGCAAACCGGACGAGUCAUCGCGUUUCCGAAUACUCGAUAGCACCUAUCCAUCCUUUUCUAGCAAUUCUAUAAUUAGAUUUUGUUCUAGAAGUAUCGUUUUGUGAUUACCAGCAAAUUAUCCCGAAAUAUUGAGUGAUUCCACUCUCAUUGCAAUUUCAUCGAGUAUGCACAUUAUUCAUUUCGACAGAACCAUGAUCCCAGGGCUGCCAGACCUACGUUAAUAGUAUCAAGUCGGUAAGAACGAAUCGACUUAAUGUACCCAACUUGAGGGAUAAGCCUGAGAAGAGAUAAUCCUUCAGGACGCUGACAAGCAGUGAUUGCUCCUGACACCGGCAUCAGGAAUGUAUACGUUUGGGGAGCUACCAAGUUAUCUUUCCAAGCGUAACCUCAGCAUUAUUUAGUAGUUCCAGACUCCGUAUUUUUGUCAGACGUUUUACCGAAGCAACAGUCAGACUAGUCAGUCAGUAUUGAUUAAGGGGCAAAUUUUGGGCAAAUAAUCUAUAGACGGACGCGUCUUCGUCGUCUUACAAGGUCGGAAGACAUCGUUAGAAACAUUACUAGACUUUAAAGUAAAAUAGAUAUGUAUUAAAUAUCCGGGCAGAAUUUUAUACAGGGUGUUAGUGACAUCGUAACGAAAACUUUGAGGGAUGAUUUAGGCCAUUCCACUUGAUAUUAACUCAGAAUCAUGGUCUGAAUCAUCCCUCUGAGUAUUCGUUACGAUGUCACUAACAUCCUGUAUUUAUAUCGCGUACUUAUAUCGAGCGAUUAUCCUGUGAUAAAAUCAUACUGAUGCUAUAAGGUAGGCCUGGUAACUCUGCGAUCUUACCCUAGAUAAUUAUAGUAUCUAUGACUUAUAAUUAUGGUAUGUUCUAUUAGUUAAUUGAUACCUACGUUACUAUAGAGAUUUAGUAUUGAUACUAUCAUUAGGGAGUGAUUGUGGCCCUCGAGGCCAUUUGACAUCGUUUGUUCAGAAACACCAUCACUUUGUUGGAGUUUAUUAAAUGUUGAGACCCCGGCUACGAUAGUGACUUUAAAAGUAAAUCUCAUACAAAAUAAAUAUCAUAAACUGCUAUCACUUUCGUCGCCCUGUCGGGUUAUAUGCAUAAGAGCUCCAUCUUGUGUUCUGGUUCUGUGCAUAAAGUACUUACUUAGGGAUAUUAUCUUUCGCUUUUUAGUUUACCUACAUCAACAAAUUUCUACAUAACAGUUUCCUAAUUCCAUUUCGUUGAAAAUACCUAGUUGUAUAAAAGUAGCAAUAAAAUUCUGAAUUGUGCCGAUGUGUGCCUAAAGCAAAGCUUAGGUACCUACUACCUGCAAAAAGGUUACUAUAUUAAUAUUCAAAAAUGAAAGUAUUUUUACAACAAAAUGUGCUAGCAUUAAUUUAAGUACCUACUGUAUUAAGAUUUUGUAUGCCCGUACAGAUAUAGAUUCAGCGUUUAAUGUAUUUAUUCAACGUCCAUGAAAUAGUUUACUCUUCUUGCCCCUUAUUACUUACCAUUUUGUGUAUCCCAGUAUCAUCUAUAUGAUGCAUGAUGCUGAGUAUAAACAUACAAUCAUAAUAAUAGUUUUAGGGAAUAGUCUAAUGUACUUGACGGCGUACGUGACAUAAUUAGGUAGUUAUACCGGAAGGUGCAAUAGCGCCAAAAUUAUGAAAUCUUAUUUUUCCCUGUAAUGCAUACAGCGACAAUUGCAUAUAAUAGCAGGCUGACAAGUUAAUAUAAGUUUGUCUUCUAAUUACCUAAUUAAAAAUAUCGUCAUACUUGUAAUUUUUA